UUAUGAAGUGAAAGCAUUUAAGAACCGACUUCGUGCAUCCCCUCCGCGUAUAUCUAUCUGGUCUCUCCUCUGUCGAUCCACGGUUCUAUCUCUUUCCGGCUAGGGUUAGGGUUUCCGCUCUGCCUUUUCUUCGUCCCUCCCCGUGUAUCUUUCACUUCUUUCUCUCCGUCGAUCCUCGGCCAUAUCUCUUUACGGCCUGGGUUAAGGUAUCCUCUCUGCCUUUUCGUCUUACGGAUUUUGUUUUGUCCCGCAACCAAGAUGAUGCAAGGAGGAAUGGUACCGCAGUCCAUUGCUCCGACACCCAUGGAACAGCAGCAGCAGCUGGCUCAGCCGCCUCAAUAUCAAAUGCCUCCGCAGGCGCAGCAGGCCCCACCACACUGGGGAAUGGUUCCACCACCUGCGCCUCAACCGCAGUACCCGCCGUCGCAGCAGCUUCCGAUGUGGAACCAGCAACUGUCGCAGAUCCCUCCACCGCAAUCCAUGCCGCUUGCUCAGCAGCCGCAGUAUCUCCAAACCCAGUACGGCGCACCCAUGGCGGCGCCUUCCUCCCUUCCUAUGCAGGCGCAGCACCAGCCAGCGUCCGCUGACGAGGUCCGCACGCUCUGGAUCGGAGAUCUGCAGUAUUGGAUGGAGGAAACGUACAUCCAUGGUUGUUUCGCUCAAUCAGGAGAGGUUGUAUCCGUGAAACUUAUCAGGAACAAGCAAACUGGACAGCUGGAAGGUUACGGGUUUAUUGAGUUUGCAACACGUGCUGCGGCUGAUCGUGUUCUCCAGACUUACAAUGGAGCAAUGAUGCCUAAUUCUGACCAAGUUUUUCGAUUGAAUUGGGCAUCCGCUGGUGGAAAGCGUGUGGAUGAUGGUAAUGAUUAUACAAUAUUUGUCGGAGAUCUUCCGGCAGAUGUUACGGAUUACAUGUUACAAGAGGCAUUUAGGAGCCACUAUCCUUCUGUCAAGGGGGCGAAGAUUGUUACAGAUAGAAUCACCGGGCGUUCUAAGGGCUAUGGUUUUGUUAGGUUUGGAGAUGCGAAUGAGCAAACUCGUGCAAUGACUGAAAUGAAUGGAGUGUAUUGUUCAUCAAGACCCAUGAGGAUUGGUCCAGCAGCUAGUAAGAGGGCUACCGAUGGACAGCAGCAAGAUGCCCCAAAAGCUUCAUUCCAAAAUGUUCAAGGCAGUCAAUCAGAAAAUGACCCAAAUAACACCACCAUAUUUGUUGGUGGGCUGGAUCCAAAUGUUUCAGAAGACCUCCUGCGACAGGUUUUUAGCCCAUAUGGAGAACUAGUUCAUGUAAAGAUACCUAUUGGAAAACGUUGUGGCUUUGUUCAGUUUCUUAACAGGGCUUCUGCAGAGGAAGCUUUACUGAUGCUUCAGGGUACCCAGCUUGGUGGGCUAAAGAUUCGGCUUUCAUGGGGUCGUAAUUCUUCAAAUAAGCAGCAGCAGGACGGUAAUCAGUGGAAUGGUGGCAGCUACUAUGGCUUUGGACAAGGCUAUGAAGCUUAUGGAUAUGCUCAAGCUCCUCAGGACCCCAACAUGUAUGCUUAUGGAGCCUAUCCAGGAUAUGCAAACUUUCAGCAACAGCAGUGAACUACUAUGGACUGCAGUGCGCUCGAUUUGCAGAUUUAGCAUUUGGCAAGCUGUAACUUUGGGCUUAAAUAGAAAACAUUUUAUUGUUGCGGUUUAGGGUAUAGCUUAGUGUUGAUAUAAUACAUUGUGUUCGACUCAUCUUGAUAGGCUGCAUCAAUUUGUUCCUUGAACUUCCGUUGGGAGAGUGGCGUCUAUGGUUACUUUCUUUUUGUAUAAUGUGUGUGAUUGGAGGCAUCAAAUUAUCGUAGGCAUUGCUGUUUUUGUGGAAGUGGUUAGAUCAUUAAUGCAUGUGGGACUAUCAAUAUUUUGUCUUUCUUUAUGCUACGGUUCUCUUUUUUUCA